AUGACGUGUGAUGUUUGGAGAUUGGCCUAUACGUGCCACCGAGUGUUAGUGACGUUGGCUUGCAUUCUGGUUUUGGCUUUGUGUGCAUUACCGCCUAUUGAGAAGAUACACAAUAAAUGGUGGCUCUCUUCGACAACUCUCUCGCCUUUACUGGACGAUGGACAAAAAAUUGGAGAUACCGAAUAUGACUCGCCGGAUUUCCGAGUAGAGGAACCGCUACUUCUCCCUCUAAAUAAAUACCGCGAAGAACAUCGCCCAUAUCGCCUUUCCCCACACUACAAAAUGGCUUCCAGACUCAGACUACGCGUACCAGUUCGGGUGCGUUUGUUGUUUGGUGUACAAGCGGCUGACUCCUUUGGCGACCUGUACGGUCCUCACAACGCGUCACUUGUUGAGUACGGCGUCGGCGACGGAGCUCGUGCUUCGCGGCCACCGGAACCUUCGCUCCCUAGAGAACAUCCUCGGCGCGUGAGACCAGAGAACGUCAAUCGUUCACACCCUCUACCGGUGACAUUCGACUUGGCAGUUCUGGCCACCACUUAUGGUAUCUGGGGCUGGUACACGUGGGGACAUAGCACCCCCCUAUGUCCACGAGCUAGCUCCAAUUAUAAUGAAAAGCUGUCAGCGACCCCCCGUGGCGAAAACAUAAUGUCCGUUGGGUAUCAGUUCAUGUGGGCUUAUCGUCGAGUGCCCACACCGUUCCAUAAGUAUUUAGUACGAAGCCACGAUUGUACUGUGCCGUGCCCCAAGAAAGAGUGGGGUUGGUUCAUCUGUGUGAAAGGGUACCCAUGGGCCCGUUACGGCAUGGACUCGGGUGCGGCAGCAUUCCGCAGUUUUGACGGAAAUGCAGUUCGGCAAGAAGGGUUGGUCGGUAUUCACACUGUAGCUAUGAAGUUGCGUUCAGUGGUACUCAACCUUUAUUACACUGUGCUCGACACGCACAACAUCCUAGACUUUCUCUACUCGGCGUAUUUAGGACGUCUUCCUUACGAGUACCUGGAUUAUAGAUUCAUAGACUCACAGUGGACGGCUCCGAGGGCUUACGCCUGGGCUUGGAUCAUUCACGAUUACACUCUUGGCGAAGAGUGGGACUUCGAGAUACCUCGUUGGUGA